AUGGCUGUUGAAGCUGCUAUUGCUUAUGAUGAGGCUGCUAAGGUUUUGUAUGGUCAUAAUGCUAUACUUAACUUCCCUGAUUAUUGUGUACAGAAUUCCGAAUUGGCUAAUUACUCGACAAGUGUUUCUAUUGCGCGAACUACUUCAUUGGGAUCGAGUGAAUCGUCUAUUGAAGAUUCAAGAAUUGAACCUGACUUACAAACAUCAGAUACACCAGAUGAUGGUGUGGUUGCAAUUACAGAUGAAAAAACUAUUUUGGAUGAUCCAACGAAUUUAUGUUCCGAUGGUAGAGCUGAUGGGGAUCCAGGGGCACAGCAGGAUUCUUCUGUUUGUUGCUUGAAUAUGGAAUCAGUAGUAAUGCAAAGGACUUGGGGAAAAUGGGUUGCUGAAAUUAGAGAACCUGUUUAUAAUAGUAAUGGAAAGAGACUUUGGCUUGGUACUUUCUCUACAGCUGUUGAAGCUGCUAUUGCUUAUGAUGAGGCUGCUAAGGUUCUGUAUGGUCAUAAUGCUAUACUUAACUUCCCUGAUUAUUGUGUACAGAAUUCCGAAUUGGCUAAUUACUCGACGAGUGUUUCUAUUGCGCGAACUACUUCAUUGGGAUCGAGUGAAUCGUCUGUUGAAGAUUCAAGAAUUGAACCUGACUUACAAACAUCAGAUACACCAGAUGAUGGUGUGGUUGCAAUUACAGAUGAAAAAACUAUUUUGGAUGAUCCAACGAAUUUAUGA